UACUACCAAAUAAUGGUGUGAUUGCAAUAUUCGACGAUUUUCCUAUAUAAUGGACCAGCUAAGUGUUUUACUUAUCAUUAUCACCCAGCUUUGACAGUUAAACAUACGUACACCAACGUUAACGUACACCAUAAUGGACUUCACUAAUAAAGUUGUUAUAGUGACUGGUGCUAGCUCUGGAAUAGGAGCAUCCACAGCAAUAGCCUUUAGUGCAGCGGGCGCUGAAGUGGUUAUGGUAGGACGUAACGAAGCCAAGCUAAAGUCAGUCUCCGCUAAAUGCAAGAACCCCCUUGUGUUGAAUGCAGAUAUAAGGAAAGACGACGAUGUGAAACGAAUCAUGGAUGAAACAAUCAAGAAAUUUGGCCGCCUGGACAUCUUAAUUAACAACGCCGGAUUGGUAUACUCUGGGAAUAUCAUGGAGAGUGAAAGUAUGAUGAAAGCUUACGAUAUCAUCAUGGAUACUAACCUAAGAGGUCUUGUACAUAUGACAAGUGUUGCUGCUCCGCACUUAGCAAAAACAAAAGGAAACAUCAUUAACAUAUCCAGCGUUGGGGCUCUCAUCACUCCGUCUAUUGCUCCAGGAACGAUAAAUUACUACGUCUCCAAAGCUGCUGUUAACCAUUUCACUCAGUGCUCGGCUAUUGAAUUGGCACCAUACGGGAUUAGAGUGAACACGGUCAGUCCUGGACCAACCAGAACUGAUUUUGUAAAUAACGCUAGCAAUGUAAAUGCUGAUUAUGAUGCUAUUAAACUGAAAACUGCUUUAAAUAGAGUCUCAGACCCAGAAGAGAUCGCUGAAAUGAUAUUGUUCGUAGCUAGCGAUAAAGGGAAAGGUAUGACUGGAUCAAACACUGUGAUUGAUAACGGCAUGUUGAUAAAACGCACUUAAUUCGUGAGUGGAAACGUCUUUCCAUGUGCAGCAUGCGCUUAAUAUGGAUAUACGAGUGACAAGACAUUUCUUAAUUUAAUUUUAGAUUUAGAUAGAAGCUAUUAGAUAUACUUAUAUUUUAUUUUACUAUUUAAAAUUGCUAGGCUAAGUUUCUUGAUUAACGUCGGUAAAAUUGUUAUCGAGUUUAAGCGAGAGUAAUGAACAAUUUGCUUUUAUAUGCAUCUAAGAAUAGUCAAAUUGAAAUUUGAAAUUAGAAUUAUACAAUAAACUCUUAUUCUAAAAAAAAUGGUCGA